UUCACGGAACGGAGAUACGAUCACGGGGAUUAUCUAUCGAGCGACUAUUCGUUGAAAUUUUUCCACGUUGUAAACGACUGUUGGAUCUAUCCGUGAUACUGUGAGAGACGAAAACAAACAGUCAGUUCUACGCGAUUCUUCUUGAACGGGUCUAUUCUAGUAUUAUAAACCAGCGGUACAGAUAAAUAUAUCAUCGCGUGUAACAUUCCAGAUCUGUGAUCACGAUAGCGCGCGUUACGUGUUGUAACACAUAAGUGCGGCUGCAUUUCCUGAUUUGCGAUACAGGCGACAAGUGAGCACAAUAGAGAAUGUAAUGGGAGGAUCAAAUCUUCAUACACCUCCUUCCAUAUUUCAACAUAUGAUGGGUCAGCAAAGUACUUCACAACAACCUGGGCCAUGGAUGCAAAUGCCACAAGUGCCACCAAUAUCAAUACCAUGGAGUGUGCCAUCUCUCCAGCAAACAGAGUUAGUCAGGUUCACUGGUGGACCCAGUUUUGAACCAGUUAUUCAUCAGAAAAGAAAACUUGAGGCCCCUGAUCUGUUAGAUACAAGACAAACAAAACAGUUCAUAACAGAAGAAAAAAUGACUGCGCAUUUCAAGGAUUUGCAUAUUAGUUCCAAUUAUCAACCACAGUUUCCUGUACCAUCAACUUCAACAGCUGAAACACCGCCAACUUCUCCUAAGGAAUUGAAUAUGGAACUAGACACAGAGGCAACCAACACAGAACAGGUUAAAUCAGAAAAUAGAAUAGUGCUUUCAGAGACAAUGAGAAGACUCCAGCAAGAACCCAUCCUUCCAAUCUCCUUAUUAUCUAAACUAGAGAGGCCCACCAUGGCUUUAGUUCUUUGGAAACCACCAAGCAAACAUCUACGUAUAUUGCCAACCAGGGACACACCAACUCCAAUUCCAAGCACAUCCGACGAUAAUAAUAACAACAACAAUAAUAACAAUAAUAAUAACGAAGCUAUUUCCAAUUUAAAUGAAACGUUAUCGAGUAAUUCGUCAGUUUUCGAGCCGAUGGAGUUAUGAAGAAAUGGAACUUUCAGG